AUAGACCUUCUUUCCAACACGACUGAUAGAAUUUCGUAGUUCAAUAUUUUGCGGUGUUGUCGGCGCCAAAAUGUGCGGAGGGUUCAGCUGCUCAAAGAACGCCCUUGCGGCGUUAAACAUUCUGUAUAUAUUAGUCUCAUUCAUCCUGAUAGGCGUGGCAGCCUAUGCCAAGGCUAUGGCGGUGGUCACCAGCCUGGCUCUGGUGGGGGGGAUCAUCGCCUGCGGAGUGUUCUUACUACUGAUAGCCAUCAUAGGACUCAUUGGAGCUAUCAAGCACCACCAGGUGCUGCUGUUCUUUUACAUGUUGAUUCUUUUCCUGUUGUUCCUAGUCCAGUUUGCAAUUUCAUGCGCGUGCUUGGCCGUCAAUGAGUCACAGCAGCAGCAGAUUGCACAGGCAGCGUGGAAGAUAGCAGAGGAUGACCUGAAAAUGAAAAUCCAGGAAUUAUUUGAAUGCUGUGGCUUUGAUACAUCCUCCCAGGCUCUGCCGGCUAAUGACUCCAUGUCUCAUCCAGACUGUUUGAAGAUAAAAGGUUGCGUGAGUUCAGGUGCGAGUGAGUUCUGCUGUAAUCUGGUGAAUGGGUCCAAGGACUCCUGCCCAGUAGAACCCUGCUUCAACAACUUACGCAAUGACAUCCAGACUGCCUUUAAAAUAUCAGGAGGCAUCGGACUGUUCUUCAGUUUUACAGAGAUCGUAGGAGUUUGGUUAGCCAUCAGAUUUAGGAACCAGAAAGACCCAAGAGCCAAUCCCAAUGCCUUUUUAUAGCAGUAAAUGAAUGAUAGGACAUUAGCGUACUCAGUUUGCCAGUUGAAAACACAUGUAGGCCAUUCAGAACAGUUCUUAGGAUCAUCAUAUCUACAGAUCAAAUAUGGCAGACCCUACAUGAAAGAAGAGCUGACUAAUCCGCUGACGGUCUCCCCGCCUCCACACGCGCCAUCUUUGCAGGGGUCUAUACUAGCAAAGAAACCUUGGAUACGUGAUUUAAUCCAUUUAAUGGCCCGUGUGGAGGCAGGGUGACCAUCAGUGGAUUGGUUGGCUCUUCUUUAGUGUAGGGUUUGCCAUAUUUGAACAGUGGAUCUGUAGAGCUUUGGUACUUUGGUUCUGAAUGGCUACUUGGAGUAAGAGGAGGUUUGCAGAGAACGUUCUGACGGAUACCCACAUCAGUGUCUGGAGUGAAAGACAUUUGUAUUUCAAUAUAGCUAGCUAGUAUUUAUGGAAACUUUGAAAAUAGGUAUUGUGUUUGAAGUCGUUCAGGCAUUUGAUGUACUUCAUGUUGUUGUUGAUGUUUAUUAUGGUUAUUGUAUUUUUAAAUAAAUAGCAAGUAACUUGGGAUAUGUGAUGUAGUUAUUGUUUGCAUUUUGGAGGUAUCUUUAUUUUACAUUGCAGAAACUAAGUUGUUUCCUGGGGCUUGUUUCUCAAAAAGACUAUGCUUAGUUUUGGUGCCAAAAAAUUAGCCCAUAAGUUCAUAGCUCACUAAUAAAAUUAAACAGAAUAAUUUAAAAGGCCACACGAAGCAUCUUCUCAUUUUAAGAUGAAUAAAAUAAGCUCUUUAAGAAAAUUGUGAUUGUCAUAAUUAAGAUUUUUACUCAAAGUGGUGUGGCAGAUACAUUUUUUGUGGGCCAAACAUUCUUAUAAGCUCUAAGACCAAUAUCUUUUUAUAGACGGCUAUCCAAUUUUAGCAGUCUCUUUGUGAAACAGCCCCUUGAUGUGUUAGCUGUUCUUUGACUGUUGCUUGUGAACAUGAUAUUUCCAACAUACACAUUUUAGCCAACAUUUGCUUGCUCCUGAAGGACAGUUUCACAAAAAAAGAAAACUUAGGCCUGAAAUGUGAUCUUAGACUAGUCUCUAAGACCAAAAAUUUCAUCACUUUGUCCCAAGAUAAAUAAUGUAGUCCAAAUAUGUAAAACAUUGCACCUGUUUUACAACAUGUAAAUUUUGAAUAACAGACCAAUACUUUCUGCAGUGGACUGAAUUUAUCUUGUAGUGAAGAGAACCCAAGUUUUUGGUCUUUUGGCCUAAAAUGUUCUUUUGUGAAACCGAGUCAGACUUGAUUCCGCCUGCAGUACUACCCCAGUGUUGUUAGUGAAAUAACUGGAAAUAUAUAUAUGUAACUUACAAUUAUAAAGAAUGUUUUGCUCAUAUUCUUUUUUGAUGUGCGUACAGUAAAUGAUGCACAACUCCUUUGAAAUUCAGGUAAAAUCUUUACCUUAAUAGCUUUAUUUCUCAUUCAAGAUUGCUAUACGUACACGCUUUAAAAACUUUUUUUUAAUGUGUAAUUAUUCAAGAUACUGACAGUGGCUAUCAAUAUUAUAAAGUUUAAGUUUAUACAAGCUUUGGACAUUGUGCACUAAUAUAUUUAUCUAAACAUACAGCCAGCUAACUUUUCAGACAUAUUAAAUCAACAUUUUAAGUAUUGCUUACAAUAUACCAUUAAGGGGUUAUCGUUAAUUCAUUUUGUUCUAAUUUGAAGAGUAAUUAUCGUUAAUCAAAAGUGUGAUUUAGACGGCCCUCUCAUUAGUCAUUAGAACAGAGAACAUCCUUUUCUGCCCGACUUUCCACGCUCUUUGUUGUUACCUGUAUUAUAAAGGUGUAAAUUAAUGUUGAACAUUCCUUACUGUCCAUGUUUGUUGUGACGUUAUACUAACUGUUCCAAUUUAGGCUGCGUUCACAUGAAAAAUCUAUUUUCUAAAUAGAUUUUUAGAAAAUAGAUUUUUCAUGUGAACGGUCCCUUAUAGUGGUUCUCAUGUGUUCUGUGACAUUGCUGUUUCUGAUCCAUUCCAUUUCUGUGUUAACAAGCACCUCCUUGUGUUAUUUCAUAGUAAUUUUACAUGUGCUUUUUUGCUAACAUAGUGACCUGUGGGCAGGAAGUUGAUGUGUACCCUCUUGCACAUGGGUUUUAUUCCUGAUAAUGAAAUUCCCUGAAUCGCCAAAUGUAAGAUAUGGCCCUUGGUUUUGAUGUACCUGUAAUUGGUUAAGCUAAGUUCUGGUGAUGAUGACGGGAUUUUCAGUAGUGGUAGAGGGCUUGAAUUUACUUGUUUUUUAUUUUUCCCAUCAUAUUUUAAACAACAACAAAUUUGCUGGAAGCAAAACUAGUUCUGUAAACUUAUGUGGUAGAUUCUACUUUGGGAUAUUAUUUUUGUCUCAUUUGGCAAAUUACCAAAGAAAAGUAGCCUUGAUAUUGAUAAUUUUGUUUUAAUUGAUGAAAAUUAGCUUGGGGGGUUGAAAAAGUGUUUUUCAUUUUAGAUCAGGUCAAUUUUUAAAGAAAGAUAAACCUGUGUCUUAUACUUAGUUGUUGUUAUUUAACUUUCUGGAUAUUUUAAGUAGAGGGUAAAGAGGUUGUUUGAUUAGUUGUAAUGGCUAUUGAACUAUUUUAUCUUAUCUUCAGUUAAUCAUUUUACAUUAAAUGUUGUUGUUAUCAUACCACAGUACCUCUUCCACUGUCAGCUUUAAUAUAUUAAUAAUUGUUAGGAAUUUAUUUACUGUAUGAGUAUUUACUUGCUAGCUAGCUCCCUAGUAAAAAAAA